UACAAAAGAAAAGUAAGAAGUCAAAGAUCAAAAGCCCUACUCUAUAUUUUUCCCCUUCUUCUCACCCACCCCCUCCAGUUUCACUCUAGGGUUUGCUCUUGAGGGUGUGGCUACAAUGGAAUGGCAACCCGAGUGUGAGGGAGAUUGUUGAGAGACUCAAACAUGCCUGUGCCUGAGAAGAGCUAGUGGAAGGAAAGAAAAAAUGCAAAUGGAACUGAAAGGGCUAAUGGGAUAAGGCCCAGAGGAAGGUAAAAGGAAGAGAUUCAGUAAGGGAAUCGCCAAGUUGGAGAAAGGUACAGAGGCAUUCAUUUCUUUGAGACUGGAGGAAAGGAGAUGGCUUCAUUUUUCUCUCGUGAGUAAUAGACAUAGUUCUCUACUGAGAGUGACUGAGGUUUGGAUAGGGCCGGUGGCAUCUUGUGUGUGGUAACAUUUGGUGUGACCACAGGAAUGAGCAGAAGCAUUGCAGUGUGGAGGACCCAGCUCGGGCCCCAACUGGGAUCUAAUUACUUUUUCAUUGAGGAAUGCCAUCAUUCAGGGAGAUGUGCCAUCUCAGUCUUUGCCAGGGUGACUCAGUUCUUUGGCUGGUUGACUAGGAAGGUGUUUCUUCCUUAGUCUUUCUGUGUGUCCAUUUACUAAAAUGAUGCGUUUACAUUUAAAAGCAACUCAGAUUGGACUGCUGUUCAGUCCAGAGUACUUCUUAGUAGCUGUGCUUCCUUUCUGUGAGCCUCUUGAGCAGGCUCUCAGGUGAAGGAAAAAUUUGGCAGAAUGAUUAUAUGGCGACCUCUAACCGACCAUAUUGUGGCAGUGAACCCACUUUCACUUCCUCCUCUAGAGAGAUGGGAGACCCGUGUACAGUAUCAUCUCAGUUGGAGUUAGAAGAAGCCUUUAGGCUUUAUGAGCUAAACAAGGAUUCUGAACUCCUGAUUCAUGUCUUCCCUUGUGUACCAGAACGUCCUGGAAUGCCCUGUCCAGGAGAAGAUAAAUCCAUCUACCGCAGAGGUGCACGCCGCUGGAGAAAGCUUUAUUGUGCAAAUGGCCACACUUUUCAAGCCAAGCGUUUUAACCGGCGUGCCCACUGUGCUAUCUGCACUGACCGAAUAUGGGGACUUGGACGCCAGGGAUAUAAGUGCAUCAACUGCAAACUCCUGGUUCAUAAGAAGUGCCACAAACUUGUCACAAUUGAAUGUGGGCGGCAUUCUAUGCCACCGGAACCAAUGAUGCCCAUGGAUCAGUCAUCCAUGCAUUCAGACCAUGCACAGACAGUAAUUCCAUAUAAUCCUUCAAGUCAUGAGAGUUUGGACCAAGUUGGUGAAGAAAAGGAGGCAAUGAACACCAGAGAAAGUGGCAAAGCUUCAUCCAGUUUAGGUCUUCAAGAUUUUGAUUUGCUUCGGGUAAUAGGCAGAGGAAGUUAUGCCAAAGUAUUAUUGGUGAGGUUAAAAAAAACAGAUCGUAUUUAUGCAAUGAAAGUUGUGAAAAAAGAAUUGGUCAAUGAUGAUGAGGAUAUUGAUUGGGUACAGACAGAGAAGCAUGUUUUUGAGCAGGCAUCUAAUCAUCCUUUUCUUGUUGGGCUGCAUUCUUGCUUUCAGACAGAAAGCAGAUUGUUCUUUGUCAUAGAGUAUGUAAAUGGAGGAGAUCUAAUGUUUCAUAUGCAGCGACAAAGAAAACUUCCUGAAGAACAUGCCAGAUUUUACUCUGCAGAAAUCAGUCUAGCAUUAAAUUAUCUUCAUGAACGAGGGAUAAUUUAUAGAGAUUUGAAAUUGGACAAUGUAUUGCUGGACUCAGAAGGACAUAUCAAACUGACUGACUAUGGCAUGUGUAAGGAAGGAUUACGGCCAGGAGAUACAACCAGCACUUUUUGCGGUACUCCCAAUUACAUUGCUCCUGAAAUUUUAAGAGGAGAAGAUUAUGGUUUCAGUGUCGACUGGUGGGCUCUUGGAGUACUAAUGUUUGAGAUGAUGGCAGGCAGAUCUCCAUUUGAUAUUGUUGGAAGCUCGGAUAACCCUGAUCAAAACACAGAGGAUUAUCUUUUCCAAGUUAUUUUGGAAAAACAAAUUCGCAUACCACGCUCUCUGUCUGUAAAAGCUGCAAGUGUCCUGAAGAGUUUUCUCAACAAGGACCCAAAGGAACGAUUGGGUUGUCAUCCUCAAACAGGAUUUGCUGAUAUUCAGGGACACCCAUUCUUUCGAAAUGUUGAUUGGGAUAUGAUGGAGCAAAAGCAGGUGGUACCUCCCUUCAAACCAAAUAUUUCUGGGGAAUUCGGUUUGGACAACUUUGAUUCUCAGUUUACUAAUGAACCUGUCCAGCUCACUCCAGAUGACGAUGACAUUGUGAGGAAGAUUGAUCAGUCUGAAUUUGAAGGUUUUGAGUACAUCAAUCCUCUCUUGAUGUCUGCAGAAGAAUGUGUCUGAUCCUCAUUUUCCAACUGUGCAUUUUGCUUGUGUUCCCAUUUAAUGCAUGAAUAAACUCGUUACCAGCCUGGAUACAAUGAACCAUUUUAUAUUUCUUACCUACAAAAAAAGCAUUCAGUAUCUUCUAUUGUUGGCUGUAAGAGUCAAUUAUUACAUCUAACUAUGAAAAAGAAAAACUAGUUUCCAGACGGUUGUGUCAACAUUCAGUUAUACUGGUAAUCCAGCAGCCUACUGAUGAGUAAUGAAGUUGUCCUUUUUGUUUAAAGGAAAUACUUAACCACCGCGUUUAAGGCACAUGAUGGGAUUGUGUCAUAAACCUACUGUGAUUUUUGUCAUUCUUCAUUUAGUCCUUAAAGUUUUAAAUUUUGGAAUAGAAGAGUAAUUCAAAAUACAACAACUUAUAUUACCUAUUACUUUCUGAGUUCUUUGUGUUUAAAAAUUCAGCUGUAAGUUUUAUUGCCUUGGAUAAUUAAGUUAUUGAUUUUUAAGGCAACAGUUAUUAAAUUGGUAGUAAAGGAUGUCACUUGCUUAGAAUUAGGGAAUACAAGUUCUCCUUGAGGAAAAAAAAACCAGGCACAUUUUAUUAAGUAUUAGAUUCUAAAUCAUUAGCUAUUUUUGAAAAACUGAUGAGUGAUUUCUUAGGAUAGGGGUGUAAGCUUCUGAGCUUAUCCCUUUAGCCAGAACUUUAACUGGAAUGUUUGUAACUGUCGUUCAAAGAACCAGGAUGCAUUUGAAUGGAGCAUUUCUCAGUAUAUAGAAAGGGAGAAAAAUAGAAAUUAAAAAUGUUUUAAAUUAAAAAAAAAAAAAAAAACACUAGAAAAGUGCAAUGGUAAUCCCACAGUGACUUUUUAUGGUUUUAGAUAACAAGGAAGCACUCCUUAUCAGACUUGUAAAAGCAUUCCAUUAUCCAGUAGAGACAGAACGUAUGCAAUUUUUUCCUUAUAACUUAAUAUACAUAAAAAGUAUUUUAUCUUCCAAAUAGUGUCUUAACCUUACUCAUUUAUUCACCAAAACCACAUUAUCCAUACUUUUGGACCCUGUUUAUAGUAUGGAGUCUUCAGUGAAAUUAAAAAAGGUCAACAUGAAUAAAUAUUCAGAACACAGACAUACAUAUUCCACAAGUUCCAGCUCCUUAAAUGAGUUUUUGUUAAGUGGGUAACACAUAUAAUCAGAGUGGAAUACAUUUCAGGGGCAGAGUUCUUCAGAUUAUUUUUUAUUAAUACUAGUGUUUAGCAAUUUAUUAUUUAAAGGGAUGCCUGUGAUAGCAUCCGUUUAUUUUGAAUAUUUUUUUAAUGUUUAUUUUUGCGAGCUUGUGAGUGGGGUAGGGGCAGAGGGGUUACAGAGGAUCUGAAAUGGGCACUGUGCUGACAGCAGGCGAGCCUGCUAUGGGGCUCGAUCGAACUCACCCAACUGUGAGAUCACAACCUGAGCUUAAGAUGAAUGCUCAAUCAACUGAGCCACCCAGGUGCCAUGCCCCUAAAUAUUUUUUUAAUGAAAAGGGAUGUAAAAAGUAACAAUAAUCAUCUAAAUUACUCACAAUUGUCCAAUCUUAGUAAAAUUUAAUUUGGGGGGAAGCUAUCUAGUCUUAAAUUUAUAAUGAUUUAAAAUUUAUAGGCAUCUAAUAAUUAAUUGUUUUUUGGGAUGCUACCUUUUAUUUGAAAUGUAAUUUUUCUGAAGUUUCUGACCAUGUACUCAUUUUUCUUCAAAUGACCAAAUCUGAAAGCAAUGAAAACCUCAAAGGAAAAAGUUUAUAUACAUUCCCAUGUUUAUGUAAGAAGUAUGUAUGUUUUUCUUAAUACCUAAAACUUGUUUUAAAAAAGCAGUGUUCACUUCAAAUCAUAAACUUAUAGAAAAUUCUGACAUAUCAGAAAUAUGUUUAUGACCUUGCUUUUAAGUGGUACUGUCUCCCCUAGGGCAUUAGUUCCCAAAUUGUAGAAUGGGGAACGAUCACCUGGGACAUUUGUUUAAAAUGCAUAUUGCUGGGCCCACCUUAGAAUUCUGUUGGGUCUUUGGGCCUUAUUUUAAGAAACACUUUCUUUGAGUUAUUCUUUUAUUUUGGCUGUAGUUAUAUAUUAGAAUAUUCAUGAUAAGUUUUGAGAAAGGGGUAGGCAAUGAAUUACUGUCUUAUCUACAAUUUUAAAUAAACUUUGAAUGACUUCUUCAAGUUAGAUCUCUCUUCCCCCAAAAAAUCCUAUCCAUUUUCUAUCAAUAAUGUUACAAAUGAUGAACAUUUUUCUGUGAUGAGGUUUUAACCAUUAUUCAGGGUGGUCUUUUGUGUUUAAAAAAAUUUUUUUUAACUAAUAACAUUUACUGUGUAUAUUUUAUACAGAAUUGCAUUACAAAUAUGUUUUUAACUGUGUUCUGUUUUUUAUAGUUUUUAAGUGCCAUGCCAGUUGUUUUUAUAUUAUAUAGAAGUUCUCUCAAAAUACUCAGCGGGAAUAAGGCAGUUGACAGAAUGGUUGGAAUUUUGGUGUACUAAGAAAAAAUUUAUAUUCCAUAAGCAUGUAUGUGGUCAGCUCAUUUUAUGUGAAUGCAGCCUGAAUUAGAUACCAGGUAUUAUACUUGUUUAGUACCUGUACAUUUACUUGUUAAAUUCUGUUUUGUUUUGAUUUAUGUCCUACAGAAUACUGCCUUGGUCAUCAUAAUAUCUGUAUUUGUGUACCGUUUUGUUUUUUUUUUUUUAUUUUAAAAUCUUUAAAUAAAAUGUUUAAUAUUCA